AUGAAGUUCACCCUCGCUCUCGCUGCCCUUGCCGGCACCGCCGUCGCCCUGCCCAAGGCCCAGGGUGUCACUGAGGACCUCUCCCCCACCGCUUCCGCUCCUGCCGGUUGCUUGCCGACAUACCCGGGCAAGUUCACCAUCACCAUUGUCAACGCCACCACCAGCUCGAGCGUCGCGAAGCGCGGUCUGCUGCCUCGUCAGGAGGAGUCCGGUGGCCCUGCCGAUACUCUUCUGGAGUUGACCCUGGCCGACGGCAAGUUGACGGACCAGCAAGGCCGCACUGGCUAUAUCGCCAGCAACUACCAGCUGCAGUUCGACAAGCCCCCGCAAGCCGGCACCAUCUACGACGAUGGCUUCAGCGCUUGCUCCAACGGCUCUAUCGCUCUGGGCGGCUCUGCUAUCUUCUACGGCUGCUCCAGCGGCGAAGGCGCCUCUAAGUUCUACAACUUCUACGACCGCAACUGGGGGUCCCACUGCUCGCCCAUCUACAUCGAGAUCAUCAAGGGCUCCUCCACCGCCGCUGCCUCCCAGCAGUCUGACGGCCAAGUCGUCGCUACGUCUGCCGUGAGUAUCCGCUCUGACGGUCAGCCGGUGGUGCCCACUCCGGUGCCUGUUCGUAGCGAUGGCCAACCAGUGGCCACCACUAUUGGGACGCCAGCUCCCGAGUCUCCGGUUCCCGUUCGCAGCGACGGCCAGCCCAUUGCCUCUACUAUUGGAACGCCGGCUCCCGAGUCUCCGGUUCCUGUUCGUAGCGAUGGUCAGCCCAUUGCUACCUCUAUCCCGGCUGCUGAGUCUCCGGUUCCCGUUCGUAGCGACGGCCAACCCAUUGCCUCCACUAUCGGAACUCCAGCUCCCGUUGUCUCUUCAGUCAGCACUCCCGCUCCCCCUCAGACCCCGGUCUCGACUCCUACUCCGGUCUCGACCCCUAUCCCGGUCUCGACCCCAACCCCCGUUUCGACCUCCGCCCCCAGCUCCGCUGCCGGCACUCCCGCCUCCACUCCCACUCCUUCGCAGUACACCGGUGCCGCCGACCGCUCCUCGGUCCGCAGCGGCGUCGCCCUUGUUGGCGCUGCCGCCGUCGCCGUUGCCAUGCUCUAA